UACUGUAUUCUGAGAAUUUACUUUUGUUAGUCUGUUGAUUUAGAUUAACACACAAUAGCACAUGAUCUUAGAGCCCACUAAUUAAGCAAAUGGGCCUAAUGAUUGAUAUGUAAGCUCUUAUCUUAUGACAAAAGAUUCUUUAAGACAGCUUAAAAACUACAAAAACAAAUUAAAUUUUAGUUAGCAAAGUGAUUUAGUUAUAUUAAACAUCAAAUUUCAUAUCAAUAUAUCAUUAUGCAGAUGCUUGAAUCGUGAAACCGACAUAUAGGUUAGUUUAUUCAUUUCAAAUCUAAGAUUAUUAUUAGGGAAUUGGUUUGUGCAAUAAUUGUAAGAGUAAAAUAGUAAUGCAUGGAAGCCUAUAUAAUCACUCAAUCAUGAAAAACGCAAAUUUUGACUUUUCUUUUCCCUACCGGAAUUAUGUGCAACUGGUCCUUGUUGACUUACACUUCCGGCGAGUGCAGCAAAAAAAACAUUUUAAUAGUAUUUAUUUUGAGCUCAUCACCAUUUACUAUCUCAACAACUAUCAUUUUUUAAAUUAUAAUUACUAAGAAUAUAACAUUUUUAUUGGUUAUAUGUUAGUGGCCUUUCAUAUAUAAAUAUUUUAAUAAACACUGUCGAGAAUAUUUUUAGGGUAUUUGGCUUUGAUUAUUAGUUAACUAAAACAAGAAUGUUGGAUAUAGUAUAUCUAUAGUUCUUUGUUCAACCAUAGCUUUCCAUUUUGAUGUUUUAUAAACGAAAAUAUCAAAUUAUAAAACCAUAACUGAAAAAACAUGAGCAAGGACUGCCCUACGUGUUUCAGAUCAACUAAACCAAAAACAACUUAUCAAAAUCUAAUAUUUCAAUUAAUUUUACACUAAUUUGAACAGAGCCGGUCCUGACGAACUUGAGGCCCUAUUUAAAAUUAGAAGAAAAAAAAAUUAGUUUUUAAAUAUAUAAUUUGAAAACAAAUAUUUAGUCUAAAAAUUAUUUUCUUUUAUGGAAAAUUAAAGUUGUAAGUUUUAGCAACAUAAAAUAUAUGUUCAAAUUUUAAUUAUACAAUUAAAUUUAUUUUUCUAUAUAGCAAAAAUAUUAUAUAAUUAAUACUUUUUAAUAUAAUUAAUACUUAUAUAUAACACUAUAUUAAUGUGUGUAUAUAUAUAUAUAUAUAUCAACUUUUUAAAAUGCGGGAGCCCCAUAAACAGGGACCCCCAUUCAAAUGUUUCGUGGGACUCCCCUCAAAUCCGGUUCUGAAUUUGAAAAACAAUAGCUGAUCAAAAUAUAGAACUGUUUUUUUUUUUGAAAGUGGUCUAUUUUCUCAUUGAAAAUAUUGUAUACCAACAAACCCACUAAUUGAUUGUUAUAUCCUUAUUUUUGAAGUUCAAAACUUUUUUUCUUUUCAAAAUCAACAAUACAUUGAACUGAAUUGAGAAGAAAAUUGGUUUAAUUGUAUAGUUAAACUAUUUUCUAGAACCAUGCACCAAAAAUCAAUCAAAGAACCAAAUGUGAUGCAAGUUGUAAAUCUAUAUAUAGAUGUACAAACAAGUUUCGAUUAGUCUAUCGUCCUAAAUAUGAUAAAAAUGAGGUCAGCCCACCAAAAGGUGAUUUGUUUUUUAGUUAAUGGAGAGAAUAGUAGUAGUAGAAGAGACAAUGAGAAAGCAAUAGCAUACAAAAUGUUGUCACGUAGAUGACGACGACGUGAUUAUAUUAAUUUAUGUCUACAUGGAAAAUAAAAAUUAAUUCUCCUCUGCAAUAAAACUAUUUAAGACACAAGAAAAAGACUUUCCAGGAAAAUCAAGAAAAACAAAAAAGUUCUCUGUAAAAACUAUUCUUCUUCCGAUGUAUCAAAUCUUCAUCUUCUUUCUUACAAUCUUCCACAGUUACUACUAUGCAUCUGCUCAGCCUCCUGCUCCUCCGUUCCGAAACGGCGACCUCGUCACAAACUUCGAGCCGAGUUUAGCCGUCGUCACCGGCGUUCUCGCCAUCAUGUUCACACUCACUUUCGUCCUCCUCGUCUACGCUAAGUGCUGCCACAUAGAUCUCCGUUCAGGCACCGGCGACGGAAGACGUCAAGAUCGCCGGCUCCGACAAGGAAUAUUCUUUAACCGGUCUACCAACUCCUCGGACCGGUUCUCCGGUUUAGACAAAACCGCGAUAGAGUCACUUCCUCUGUUUAGAUUCUCUGCUUUGAAAGGAUCGAAACAAGGGCUUGAGUGUUCUGUCUGUCUAUCUAAAUUCGAAAGCGUCGAGAUUCUUAGAUUGUUGCCUAAAUGUCGUCACGCUUUCCACGUGGGAUGCAUCGAUCAGUGGCUUGAGCAGCACGCAACGUGUCCUCUAUGCAGAGCGAGAGUCUCAGUGGAAGAUGAGUCCUCUGUUUAUGGAAACAGCUUCCGGUUCUUGAAUCAGUCUGAGGUAAGGGAAGACUCGAGCUUGGAGCUUUACAUCGAGAGAGAGGAAGAGGAAGAAGAGAGGAGACAGAGAGAGGAACUUGGUGGGUCGUCGAGGUUCAGCAUCGGAGGGAGUUUCAGGAAGAUUUUGAAAUUAGGUCAUAAAGAUAAACCGUUACUUGAUCAACACGGAGAAGAUAAGGCGAUGCAUAAGUUCAAUCAUAGGAUCCUUGUGUCUGAUGUUGUGUUCAAGAACCGUUGGAGCAACGUGAGCUCGUCUGAUUUGAUGUUUUUGAACUCGGAGAUGGUUAGUUCGAUUUCCAGUGAGAGAUUCUCGUCGAUGGAUAGAGUGAAGAGAGGUGAUGAAGAGGAUCAAAGAGGUAACGUGGGAAUCAAGGAAGAGAAGGGAAUGUUGGAGAACAAGUUGUCGGAAAACAGAGACUUUGGUUCGAAAUCAAGAAACGUUAUGAUCGAGCCGGGAAGAAGAUCGAUUUCUGACAUCACUGCGGUUCCUAGACUGAGUGUUGUGGUCCAUGGAGAUUGUAGCGGUUCAAACGCAGCGUCUGCGUUAGAAAACGGUGGAAACGAGACGGAGGAGAGACGACGGCGUUUGUGGCUGCCCAUCGCUAGAAAAACCGCUCAAUGGUUUGCCAAUAGAGAAAAAAGACAUCAAAUUAACACAACACACCAACACUUUGAUGUUUAGUUUCUUUGCAAUUUUUUUUAAACAUUUUACAAAAUAUUUAGUUUUGAUCUAUGUUCUUUACAAAAAUUCUUACACAUGUUAGUUAGAUCAAAGAAGAUGAUUUCCGUAAAUAAAUUUGAUAUAUAUAUGAUUGUUUUGACAAUACAUAUUAAUUAUUACUGGGUUUUAUUCUGGUAUUAUUAUCUUUUUUUUAUUAAUUGUUUUCAAUAAAUAGAACAUGUCAGCUUACCUGGUUACAGAAGCAACCACGCUCAUUUGAAAUUUAUUAAAUUUACUAAUAUGGCUGCAUUAUUGAUUCUUUUGUCAACGACUGCAUCAUAUCAAUAGAAAUACACACAUGUAAUAUUUGCUUAAACGUCUAUUUGAUUU